AGUAUGUUGAAUUUUCAAGUUAGUAACUUGAAUUUUCAAGUUAGUAUGUUGAAUUUUCAAGCUAGCAUGUUGAAUUUUCAAGUUAGUAUCUUGAAUUUUCAAGUUAGUAUCUUGAAUUUUCAAGUUAUUAGUAACUUGAAUUUUCAAGUUAGUAUGUUGAAUUUUCAAGUUUGUAUCUUGAAUUUUCAAGUUAGUAUCUCGAAUUUUCAA